UUGGGAGUGCACUGAGAGUUCACCGGCGCUGGCUUGGAGGGGAGUGGACACACGUUCAGGGGGAAAGUAGUCCUCACUGCGGACCCUCGGCUGGGUUCUGUUAGAGUCGGGCAGGAGUUUGUUCUUACCAGAGAGGCGUUCAAGUGCACGGCGGGCAUGCGGUGCGUUUGAGAGCAAAGUUGAGCGUGCAGAGGGAAAACAGACCACUCCACACGUCAUGGAGAAAGAGAGCUCCUGGAGUCCCAACGAAGAUGGGACGAGUCCACGCUGCAAGUCUGGCGGUAAUUAUGGCGGCAACGACAGGAGGAUUAAGGUGCCGUCCCAUCCAGGAGUCCCAUUUGUGGGAUUGAUGCUCCUGGCCAUCAUCCCCUUCGGAGCAAGCAUCAAACAAAGUGUCCCUCGGGUCAAACUCAGCCAGAGAGAACUGCUGCAAGCCGGCAGUGUGUCUUUGUUUUUGGGCCCCUCCGAUGGCCUCCUUUCCCAUUCCCUGCUGUUGGAUGAGGAGAGAGGUCGUCUUCUGCUGGGAGCCAGGGAUCACAUCUACCUGCUUGACCCUGACAACCUGGCCAAAAAUCCCAGAAAGAUCCACUGGCCAGCACCUUGGGACCGAGUGGACGCAUGCAAACUGGCUGGCAAAAACUCAAACGAGUGCGCUAACUUCGUGAGGGUGCUCCACAACUACAACAUGACCCAUGCCUACGCCUGCGGGACAGGAGCCUUCCACCCCAGCUGUGCGUUCAUUGAAAUCAGCGGUUCCAGACAGGAUGGAACUUUCCAGCUGCUGCCUGGUACAGUGGAGUCUGGCAGAUUGAAAUGUCCGUUUGAUCCCUUGCAGUCAUUCACCUCAGUCCUCACAGAUCAGUACCUGUAUGUGGGCACAGCCUCGGACUUCCUGGGCAAGGACACCACGUUCACACGCUCGCUCGGCCCACCACCUGACCAGCACUACAUUCGCACGGACAUCGCCGAGGACUACUGGAUCAAUGAGGCCAAGUUCAUAUCCGCACACCCCAUAGCGGACACCUACAACCCGGACGACGACAAGAUGUACUUUUUCUUUCGGGAGGUGUCGUGGGAAGGAAACGACAAGAGCAUUCUGUCCCGCGUGGCUCGGGUUUGCCAGAAUGACGUGGGCGGGCUGAGGAGUUUGACCAACAAAUGGACCACCUUCCUCAAGGCCAGACUGCUGUGCUCCAUACCCGGGCCUGAUGGAGUGGACACGCACUUUGAUGAGCUGCAGGACAUUUUUAUGCUGCCCACCAGGGACCCGAAGAACCCCACAGUGUAUGCAGUCUUCACCACCUCCAGCUCCAUUUUCAGAGGCUCAGCUGUGUGCGUGUACAGCAUGUCGGACAUUAGAGCUGUGUUUAACGGGCCCUACGCUCACAAGGAGGGGCCAGACCACAGAUGGGUAGAAUAUGAGGGACAUAUACCGUACCCCCGUCCCGGAACGUGCCCCAGCAAGACCUACGACCCCAGGAUCAAGACCACCAAGGACUUCCCGGAUGAGGUCGUCAGCUUCAUUCGCAUCCACCCGCUGAUGCACCGCGCAGUCCACCCUCUGAGUGGACGACCCGUGUUCACGCGUGUCCGCGUGGACUACAGCCUCACGCAGAUUGUGGUGGAUCGGGUCUUGGCGGAGGACGGCCAGUACGAGGUCCUCUUCCUGGGCACAGACGCUGGCACGGUUCUGAAGGUGGUGAGCAUCACCCGAGACAAGCGGCUGACGGAGGAAGUGGUGCUAGAAGAGCUUCAAGUGUUCCAGGUUCCCACGCCCAUUCUGAGUAUGGAGAUAUCUUCUAAGCAGCAACAGCUGUACGUGGGAUCCAGCCAGGGCCUGGCCCAGGUUUCGCUCAGCAGGUGUGGCCUCUACGGUCAAGCCUGCGCCGAGUGCUGCCUCGCCCGAGACCCCUACUGUGCCUGGGAUGGACACACCUGUUCCAGAUACAUCCCUGCGUCCAAAAGGAGAGCCAGAAGACAAGACAUCAAGCACGGAGACCCCGCCAGCCAAUGUUGGGAUACAGAAGACAGUCUUGGUGUGGGUCGGGUGGAGGAGAGAGUUCUUUUCGCAGUACAGAGCAACUCGACCUUCCUGGAGUGCGUCCCCAAAUCUCAGCAGUCCCAGAUCCGCUGGUUUGUCCGAAGAACUGGAUCGGAUCACAGGGAAGAGGUCCGGCCGGACGAUCGGGUCAUCCAAACAGAACGAGGCCUCUUGAUCCGCGCCCUGCACGCCGCCGACGUGGGCGUGUACGAGUGCCAGGCUGAGGAGCACACUCGUUUCGUGCACACCCUCCGCCGCCUCACGCUGCAGCUCGUGCCACAAGGACACCUGGACAGAAAGACCAAGUCCGGCGAGGACCCCCUUGCGGAGCUGAAGAACGCUCGCCAUUACAAAGACUACCUGAGGCUGAUGAGCUCCCCCGUGGGGUCGCUGGAGGACUACUGCGACUCGCUCUGGCUUGAGAAGAGGUCGUCAAAGGCUCGGGGGCGAGCGAUGGGCGCCGGAAAGUGGAAACACAUCCAGGAACUGAAGAAGAGCAGGAACCGGCGGCACCACAGGGAGUGACUGACAAAUUAUUGACCAUUGCGGUGAAAAAGUGAGGACUGUAAAAGCGUAUCUCUAUAUCUUGCACACUAUGGGCCUGAUUUGCCAAAAUCCAAAUACCACGUGCUAAACAGCAGGUGCAAACUAUACAAUUGCUUGUACUAUUCAUAAUAAUGAUAAUAGAUUUUAUUUUUUAAAAAAGCACUUUACAUUGAGUAAACAACCUCAAAGUGCUACAGUGGAUUAAAAAAAAUAAAAAGAUAAUUAAAAAAAUAAAAAAAUAAAUACAAAAAAAAACUAGAACAGCCAAAUAGCUAAAACUAGUAUGCAUAUCUAAAAAAAAUAUUUUUUUAAAAAGAAGGGUUUUUAAGCCUUUUUUAAAAGCAUCCACAGUCUGUGGUGCCCUUAGGUGGUCAGGGAGAGCGUUCCACAGACUGGGAGCGGCGGAGCAGAAAGCCCGGUCUCCCAUUGUUCACAGCUUUGUCCUCGAAGGUCGGAGGAGGUCGUGUGGAGGAUUUGGGGGUGAGUAGUUCUUUGAGGUAGAGGCGGGCAUUUCCAUGGAGGCACUGGUGGGUUAGUAGGGAGACUUUGAAUUCAAUCCUGAGUGGAACAGGAAUCCAGUGAAAGGAUUUGAGAGUUGGUGUGAUACGGUCAUAUUUCCGCACUCUCAUCAGGAGAUAUUCAUGGGCGUGUUGCGUGUGAUCGACUAAAACUGCCUGUGCAGACCGCCUUGUUUAAAUGAGGUUUUUGACAGUACUGCUAGCUGUGGCCAUGGAAACACUCAUUUCCCGCCACAUUCAUGUUACGACACAUUUAACAUCCCUAACUCCUUUUCAGCAAUGUAGAAUUGCAAUCAAGACAACAAAAACUAUUUUGGAAUGAUCUAAAUGCAACAAAAUGCUUGUUGAAAAAAGUUUUUCGGUAUACAACCACAGAUGUCCGAUAAUAUCAGACUGCCGAUAUUAUCGGCCGAUAAAUGCUUUAAAAUGUAACAUCGGAAAUCAUCGGUUUCGGUUUCAAAAAAUAAAAUGUAUGACUUUUUAAAACGCCGCUGUACGGAGCGGUACACGAGCAGUUACGUCUCCCAGUCAUACUUGCCAACCCUCCCGAUUUUCCCGGGAGACUCACGAAUUUCAGUGCCCCUCCUGAAAAUCUCCUGGGGCAACCAUUCUCCCGAUAUUUCUCCCGAUUUCCACCCGGACAACAAUAUGUUGCGUGCCGGCCCAAUCACAUAAUAUCCAAGGCUUUUCACGCACACAAGUGAAUGCGAUCCAUACUUGGUCAACAGCCAUACAGGUCACACUGAGGGUAGCCGUACAAACAACUUUAACACUGUUACAAAUAUGCGCCACACUGUGAACCCACACCAAACAAGAAUGACGAACACAUUUCGGGAGAAAAUACGCACCGUAACACAACAUAAAAACCAUUCCAUCCAUCUUCUUCCGCUUAUCCGAGGUCGGGUCGCGGGGGCAGCAGCCUAAGCAGGGAAGCCCAGACUUUCCUCUCCACAGCCACUUCGUCCAGCUCUUCCCAGGGGGAUCCCGAGGCGUUCCCAGGCCAGCCGGGAGACAUAGUCUUACCAACGUGUCCUGGGUCUUCCCCGUGGCCUCCUACCGGUUGGACGUGCCCUAAACACCUCCCUAGGGAGACGUUCGGGUGGUAUCCUGACCAGAUGCUCAAACCACCUCAUCUGGCUCCUCUCCAUGUGGAGGAGCAGUGGCUUUACUUUGAGCUCCUCCCGGAUGACAGAGCUUCUCACCCUAUCUCUAAGGGAGAGCCCCGCCACAUGGCGGAGGAAACUCAUUUUGGCCGCUUGAAACCUGUGAUCUUGUCUUUUCGGUCAUAACCCAAAGAUCAUGAUCAUAGGUGAGGAUGGGAACGUAGAUCGACAGGUAAAUUGAGAGCUUUGCCUUCCGGCUCAGCUCCUUCUUCACCACAACGGAUCGAUACAGCGUCCGCAUUACUGAAGACGCUGCACUGAUCCGCCUGUCGAUCUCACGAUUCAUUCUUCCCUCACUCGUGAACAAGACUCCGAGGUACUUGAACCCCUCCACUUCGGGCAAGAUCUCCUCCCCACCCCGGAGAUGGCACUCAACCUUUUUCUGGGCGAGAACCAGACUCCCCUUUCCCCAGCUACUUCGUCCAGCACCUCCCGGGGGAUCCCGAGGCAUUCUCAGGCCAGCCAGGAGACAUAGUCUUCCCAACGUGUCCUGGGUCUUCCCUGUGGCCUCCUACCGGUCGGACGUGCCAUAAACACCUCCCUACGGAGGCGUUCGGGUGAGAUCCUGACCAGAUGCCCGAACCACCUCAUCUGACUUCUCUCCAUGUGGAGGAGCAUCGGCUUUACUCUGAGCUCCUCCUCGAUGACAGAGCUUCUCACCCUAUCUCUAAGGGUGGAGGAAACUCAUUUGGACAGCUUGUAGCCGGGAUCUUGUCCUUUCGGUCAUAACCCAAAGCUCACGACAAUAGGUGAGGAUGGGAACGUACGUUUGUAGAUCAACCGGUAAAUUGAGAGCUUUGCCUUCUGGCUCAGCUUCUUCACCACAACAGAUCGAUACUAGGUCCGCAUUCUGAAGACGCCGCACUGAUCCGCCUGUCGAUCUUACGAUCCUCUCUUCCUUCACUCGUGAACAAGACUCCAAGGUAGUUGAACUCCUCACCUUGGGGCAAGAUCUCUUCCCCAAUCCGGAGAUGGCACUCCAUCCUUUUCUGGGCGAGAACCAGACUCCCCUUUCCCCAGCUACUUUGUCCAGCUCUUCCCAGGGGAUCCCGAGGCAUUCCCAGGGUCUUACCCGUGGCCUCCUACCAGUCGGACGUGCCAUAAACACCUCCCUUCUGAGAUGUUCGGGUGACAUCUUGGCCAGAUGCCUGAACCACCUCAUCUGACUUCUCUCCAUGUGGAGGAGCAGCGGCUUUACUCUGAGUUCCUCUUGGAUGACAGAGCUUCUCACCCUAUCUCUAAGGGUGGAGUUAACUCUUUUGGGGCGCUUGUACCCGGGAUCUUGUCUUUUCGGUCAUAACCCAAAGCUCAUGACCAUAGGUGACGACGAGAACGUAGAUCGACCAGUAAAUUGAGAGUUUUGCCUUCCGACUCAGCUCUUUCUUUACGACAACUGACCGAUACAGGGUCCGCAUUACUGCAGACACCGCACCGAUCCGCUUGUCGAUCUCAUGAUCCACUCUUCCCUCACUCGUGAACAAGACUCCAAGGUACUUGAACUCCUCCACUUGGGGCAAUAUCUCCUCCCCAACCCGGAUUGAUUGAUUGAUUGAUUGAGACUUUUAUUAGUAGAUUGCACAGUACAGUACAUAUUCCGUACAAUUGACCACUAAAUGGUAACACCCGAAUAAGUUUUUCAACUUGUUUAAGUCGGGGUCCACGUUAAUCAAUUCAUGGUAAAAGAUGGCACUCCACCCUUUUCUGGGCGAGAACCAUGGACUCUGACUUGUUAAGAAUAAAUAAGAAUAUUAAAUCAACGCUAGGUUAAAAAGGUGAGUCUCGAGUUUGUUUAAAAAAAAUCGCAACACAUACUUAAAGACACAAAAUAGCGCCCGCAGAGCAGUUACAGCCUUGUUAAAUCACACUGCCCGUGCUAAAUGAGUAUUGUGGCCAUUCUAUUGAUCAACAUUAAUUCUGCAUAUGCACCAACACGAUAAACGGAUUGCGCGCUCCUUACUCUGCUCACUAAGAUGUAAUCCUCUAGUAGCCCUAUCAAGUUUGCAUGCCACUGAGUGCACGCAAACCUUGAGUAGAUACCAGAACCAUCCAUUAUUUGGUCAUUGUAAUACAUUAAAAAAUUGUUGAGUUUGUGUUUCCUCUCAGUGAUGACAAUGCAUUCAUGUUGAAUGUCUGUAAAUAACUGUAGAACUUGUACAGUAUCGUGUAGAACACUUCCAGUGUAGUCCUAGGACUUUAGUCUGAUAGCAAAGAAGGCUGUGGCGUCAGGGUCAGCCCGAACUACAUUUUUGUACCGGAGAUCCACUUUGAAAACUAUUUAAAUAAAUGUUUCUUGUUCCAAACUCAAAAUGUAACCCCAGUGAAUAAAUAUAAGAAGUGUGGAGUUUCUAGAACACGAGCAGAUUUAGAAUUGGUUGGUUGGCAUUUUUCCAGGUGUCCCGAUAUAGCAACGUAGGUCCCUGAAGGCUUUGCGUCGGGAUGAUUCAGUACCAGCUGCUCUCUUGUUUACGGAGAGUGCGUGCAUGAAAAGCAAACCACUACCAUGUUUUCUGGGACUGCUCUUCCAUAAAGGACUAUUGGAAAGAGAUACACCAAAUCUCUACAGGAUAUUUUCAAAUGUGAAGUAUGCCUUGAAAGUUUGACUGUUUUAUCGGACAAGUACAGUCGUGGUCAAAAGAACAUCAUGUCAGGGCUGUCUUAUUUUUUUGUAAUAGAGUAAUUGGAGCACAUACUUGUUGGUCACAAAAAACAUUCAUGAAGUUUGGUUCUUUUAUGAAUUUAUUAUGGGUCUACUGAAAAUUUGACCAAAUAUGCUGGGUCAAAAGUAUAAGGCGCUUUUGGUAGCCAUCCACAAGCUUCUGGUUGAAUUUUUGACCACUCCUCUUGACAAAAUUGGUGCAGUUCAGCUAAAUUUGUUGGUUUUCCGACAUGGACUUGUUUCUUCAGGACUUUGGGGAGGCCAUUCUAAAACCUUAAUUCCAGCCUGAUUUAGCCAUUCCUUUACCACUUUUGAGGUGUGUUUGGGGGUCAUUGUCCUGCUGGAACACCCAACUGCGCCCAAGACCCAACCUCCGGACUGAUGAUUUUAGCUUGUCCUGAAGAAUUUGGAGGUAAUCUUUAUUUUUCAUUGUCCCAUUUACUCUCUGUAAAGCACCAGUUCCAUUGGCAGCAAAACAGGCCCAGAGCAUAAUACUACCACCACCAUGCUUGAUGAUAGGAAUGGUGUUCCUGGAAUUACAGGCCUCACCUUUUCUCCUCCAAACAUAUUGCUGGGUAUUCUGGCCAAACAGCUCAAUUUGUGUUUCAUCUGACCACAGAACUUUCCUCCAGAAGGUCUUAUCUUUGUCCAUGUGAUGCAACUUGAUGAAUAUAUUUACUAGUGGCUUGUAAAAAGACCAUUACCAGGAAAUGGUUUUCACAGGAGAGCCCCACCACGAAGCUAUGGAUGGAAAUCACAAUGGGCAUUUACAAAAUGGAGAAGAUAACGGCUUUUAUUAAUUAAAAAUUGGAGAAAUGUACUUCAUACUGGGAAAACUGGGUCAAUUAUGUCACACCCCAUAAGUCUGAUUUUAUUUUCUCUAAUUAUUGAUUGUACUGUUUAAAAAAAGAUUACUCCCUAUAUGGCUAUAGUUUCUUUCAUAUUUUUGUUAUUUACUAUCUGUUUAUAUUCUUUAUUUUAAUUUUAUUUUUUUAAGUUAUUAUUGUGUGAAUGCUCCAACGCUUUCACACAUAUGGUUUUCUACACCAAAAUGCAUCUAUGUAUUAUUAUUAUUAUUAUUAUUAUUAUUAUUAUUUUUAUUCAACAGCAACUUCUUCUUCUCCAGAUUUUGGCGCGGUCUACCUUCCACAUUUUUCACCCGAUUCAAACCUUUCCAACUUUAAACUGUUCAGCCUAUUCGGGAAUUGCGUUUUUUCUCCAGAAUUCCAGGUUUUCCGGGACAUGUUUCCCAUUCAAAAUUAACAGGCCAUUUUUCAAACUUCCACCAUUUCCACAUUUUUCAAACCAUUCCACCAUUCUGGAAAUUCAAACAACUCUUUUUCUAAGUUAAAAAAAAAUCCAGGAUUUUCCAGAAUUCCUGGUUUUCCAAAGCCUUAUUUCCACCUUUUCUUCUGGCGACUACUCUUCCCACAUUUUUCAAGCCACUUCAACCGUUCCACCGUCAAAACAUUUUAUCUUAAUCUGAAAAAAAAAACAAAGUUGUUUUUUGAACUGGAAAAAUUCCUGGUUUUCCCGAAAUUCCAGGAUUUCCGUAAUACAAUACAAUCAAUUCAACAUGUUACGACUUCAAGUAUUCUCCACCGAUUUGAAAACUGUCAACACCAACCAUUUCAACUAAUUUAGAACAUUCAAGUUUCAAACCAUUUAAAAAAAAUUCCCGCUUUUCCAGAAUUCCCAAAUUUUGGGGAAAUUUACAUUUAAAUCAACGGGACAUUCUUCAAAGUUCCACAAUUCCCUCAUUUUUCAUCUGAUUCAAACCGUUCCAAUUUCAAAAUAUUCAGCCUGUUCAGCAAUUGUGUGCUCUACUUCAACAAUUCAAAAAAAAUUCCAGGAUUUUCCAGAAUUCCUGUUUUUCCAAAGCCCUAUUUUCACCCUUUUUUCUGGCGACUACUCGUUCCACAUUUUUCAAGCCACUUCAACCGUUCCACCGUCAAAACAUUCCUCUUAAUCAGAACAAAAAAACCAAGUAUUUUUUUUUAACUGGAAAAAUUCCAGGUUUUCCCGAUAUUCCAGGAAUACCGUAAUACCAUUACUCAAUUCAACAUGUUACUACUUCAACAUUUCUCGACCGAUUUGAAAAAUUUUAACACCAACUAUUUCAACUCAUUCAGAACAUUCAAGUUUUUUACCAUUAAAAAAAAAAUUCCCUCUUUUCCAGAAAUUCCCAAAUUUUGGAGAAAUUCCCAUUUAAAUCAAUGGGACAUCCUUCAAAGUUCCACAAUUCCCUCAUUUUUCAUCUGAUUCAAACUGUUCCAAUUCAAAAAAUAUUCAGCCUAUUCAGGAAUUGUGUGCUCUACUUAAACAAUUAUAAAGAAAUUCCAGGAUUUCACUUCAACUUCAGCAUUGGAGCAUUCACACACAAUUUCUUCAGGAAUCACUUCAUCUAGUUAUUAUUAUUAUUAUUAUUAAUUAUUAUUUGAUUUGUUAAUAUUAUUAUUACUUUGGUUUGUUUUGUCUUUGGUUCUUUGCUGUGUUUCUCUUUUUUUGGGGUGGCAUUGUUGGGAUAUAAACAAAAAAAUACAAUAGAUGUAUGAUGUAUGCAGAUAUGAUGUAAUGGAUAGGAAUGUCUGA